GCCCGCGCUGCGGGAGCCGAGUGCGAGCUCCGGGGCCGGGGAGCGCAGCGGACAGCUGGGAGGAUGGCCCGCACUAUGGAACCACUGGUAAAGAAGAUCUUUAAAGGAGUUUUAGUGGCUGAAUUGGUGGGUGUCUUUGGAGCCUAUUUUCUGUUUUCAAAGAUGAACACAAGCCAAGAUUUCAGGAAAACAAUGAGCAAGAAAUUUCCCUUCAUCUUGGAAGUUUAUUACAAAUCAGUUGAACAGUCUGGAAUGUAUGGGAUCAGAGAACAAGAUCAAGAAACGUGGUGUAACAGCAAAAACUAGGAGUAAGAUGCUUUUCACAUCUCUGUUGUGCAGCCAGUUGUCACGUUCGGCCUCCCAUUUCAGCUGCUUGAGACCUUAGGGAAGAGAAGACCCGUGAGCUCCCCAAGGUGUGGACUCGACUCCCACAGACAGCAACCUGUGGUCUGCGUGGCUGCAGUGUCCCACCCUCCGUGCAGAUCCACUGCUGGCAGCUCUCCAAUUUUACUGUCAAAGGCUAAUGUUUUACCAAUAAAGGACUAAGGAAGGGAAAGGAACAAAUGGCUUAAAGAUGUUCUUUUCCUGGAACACUUUCAUUUGUGAAAUAAUAAAAUCAACAUCAGGAUCAAAUUACCUUUAGCAUGUAGUUACACAGCAAACACACACACACAUUAAUAUAUAUAUACAUGCAUUUACACACACACGUAUAUAUAUU